CUUUCACUCCUAACUUCUCACCGUCGUUCAUCCCAUUAUUGAAUGAGUUGCUCUUUUUUUCAAUCUACUGCAAAAUAAAUUUAGCGGCAGACUUCCUAUACCAUCAAAAUUGAACCUCAGAACGCAAAUGGCAGAUCAAUUGUCUCUCCCUACGCCAUCGAGCACGGAAUCGGCCCUACCACCACCACGGAAUCGUCUGACACGGCUAAGGAGCUUCCUCAAUGCGCCCGUGAAAGAUGAUUUACUGCUCGAAUGUCAACUUCUAGUCCUAUCAUUUGGUAUAGGAAUUCAAGAUGCGACGUCAUUUCCAGACUACCAUUGCUUUGCAUCCAACCAAACCGGAAACACAGUCCUCUUCGCCGUUGGCGUCGCAAGGCUCUCUACCAUCUUCUCAAUCUCCAACAUCGGGGUAUCCCUCUCUCUCUUCAUCCUUGGCGUCUCUCUCGCAGGACAACUAGGAAAUCACAUCGGCCCGCGAAAGCGCUGGUGGCUCCUCCUCUCCUCCAUCCUACAAACUAUAAUGGUCUUCGGCGCCUCCACAGUCCAGUAUACUGGCCCAUCUCCCGUCCCUGACCAAGGUCCACAAGCCCUAGCCGUCUUGUCCUUACUCGCCUUCUCAUCCGGCGCCCAGGUAGCAAUGGCGCGCGGUCUCAAGAUCACCGAAAUCACUACCGCGAUGGCGACUGCAGCUUAUGUCGACAUCUUCGUCGAUAAAAAGAUCUUUCAGAGGAAGAACAGGCAGAGAAAUCGGAGGAUUGCGUUUUUGAUUACCUUGUUUGCGGGGAGUUUCGCGGGUGCUUUUAUGUAUAAAGCGAGAGGGAGUGCCUUUGCGUUGCUAGUUAGUGCGAUUGGAAAGCUAGCGGUUGUUGCUAGUUUGGUGUGGAAUGAAGAGAUGCCCGAGGAGGAGGUUGAGAAGGUUGCUUUGCAGAUGGAGAGGUCACGUGAAGUUGGGAGGAUUGCGAGCCUAUUCGGGGCUUAGCAGAGGAGAACAUUUAUGAGAGCGUAUGAGGGCUUCUUGGCUCGACUGGAAAGUUAGAGCAGAUAUGGCAUGAGGUUUGAGAUUGCAUUGGUCCUUUGUGCUGAGCGAUGGAUUUAGCAUGCGAAAUAUAAAUACGUUAACAUAGAGGGCAACGGCAUGGACCAUGGUGAUAUGCUUCGGGGUGUAGAUGAAUACUUACAGACCUCACCAACCAUUCUGACCUGCGCCAUUAAGUGUUGAGGUGGCUGAAAUGCAUUUUGUUCUCUGUUUAGUUUGAAUGUACUGCUUGACU